AUGGCUCUAAACUUCAAUGCCGUUGAAACUCCGAUAACUUCAGAGCAAAAACAUGAACUCAUUCGAAAACUUUGGCCUCGCCUGCAAGAACCGCCCUUGUCGGACGAGGAUCUGCACGGUUGGCAAGCCUACUUCCAACAUUAUUCUGAAGAAGUUAGAAGCGCAAUCGUAAGCGACGGAGGUAAGAAUACCACCGUCCGAAUGUAUGAAGACGUUAUAAAGAUAGCGAGCUAUCUUGAACAACGACUCGCCAAACACAUUAUAAAAAAAGAGCUAUUUCUGUUGGACACGCAAAACAGGAGCAGCGCCGAAAGAGAGAGGAUGGCAGAAGGGUCCAUCAAGCUCGUUGUCCGGUUACUAUAUAUGGUAGAUAUUGGGCCAGUGUCGCUAAAUUACAUACCGAGUCUUACGUAUGUACCGUGGACAAAGGAGAAUUGUGACUUUGGGACUGUCUUCAGCCAACAUUUCCAGAAAAGCAAAGAGGACGCCGGAAAAGUCAAAUUUGACAGCAAGUUCUCAGCGUAUAGCCUCGAACGUUUAGCUGGCAUCGAGAUUGUCUGGACUAACAAUCUUGCUGAUCAUCUUCGACUCGUGGAAGAUGACACGAAACUAUGUAUCUUCCAUCAAACGACAUUCCUCAAAUCGCAAGAUGGUACGGCACUCCCUGAAGGACUAGCGGAGGAAACCCUUCGGACCCUCGCGCUUCUGUUUCCUUCAAGGUCGAAAGACAGAGAUGCGCAAAAGUGGCUUCAGGCAAAGGUGUCUGACAAAAAGAACUCUGUCCGUCUUGAUUCAGAUCUGCUCAAUACUACGUCUUUAAGGCUAUUAGAUCGCAAGGCUGAGAAAUUUGAGUAUUGGCGGAGCGAGUUGUUGACUCUGAAAGAGAUCUUUGACGAGCCGCGACCCACUUCGAUCAGGCGUCUCUGGCAUGAUCGCAGGAACAAGAUUCAAUGGGCCACUUUCUGGGUAGCAAUAACGAUUCUAGGAUUGACAAUUUUCUUUGGUCUCGUUCAGAGCAUCGAGGGCGCCUUGCAGGUGGAGAAAGCGUAUCAUCCUGUGUAG